AUCCCAUAGCCAGAACCAGGCCUUUCAGAAUCCAUUAGAGUUUGAUAAAAUGCUUAUUUACAAGAAAACAUGUCAGAAGUAUUUGCAUCUGAGCUCUUAAUAUUCAGUGGCAGUGGCCUAACGUUACUUAUGACAUUUUUGUCUAAAGCGCUUUAAAGCUAAUACGUUACUUCAGUUUUUGGACUUCAGCUCUGAAACAACGGCUGUUUGCAGAAUCAUAAUCUGCGCAGAAAGCAGUGACAGUUCAUCUGGGACAUGCCAAGAAGAUAAAAAGCACAAGCAGGAAAAAAGGGUGUAUUGGGUAACAGUCAUAAAAACCAUUUGGACUAUGGAUGGUCUGAGCAGAUGGCUUUCGUUCUGAAGGGAGUGAUUGACUCGUUUUAAAUUUUAAGUAUUUGUUUUCUCAGUUAGAGAGCUCAAUGAGGGGGGGUGUUUGGGUUUUAGUUCUGCUGUGCGUCGUGGUCGGUGUCUCAUCUACACCAUGUCGUCCCGAGGAGUUUUCUUGUGUAAGAGGCGGUUGUCUGUCUGAGUACAAUGUGUGUGAUUUUAAAGUGGACUGUGAAGAUGGCAGUGAUGAGACAGACUGCUCCCAGUUUAUGAGGUGUGACUUCCAGGAAGGUUUCUGUAGUUUUCAAGUUCAAGAUGAACAUGUUUGGAUCAGAGGCUCAGAUUCAACUUGGUCCAGUACAGAAGUACACCACCAAGAAAAUGUUACUGGUCACUAUCUUUAUUUAAAGUCAGAAAAUGGAGAAGGUGUCACGGCUGAAAUAUACAGUCCUUUCUUACAACCUUCGCAUACCUGCUGGCUGACCUUCAGCCAUCAUAUCGGGCUGUUGAAUGGGGCUUUGGCGGUUCUUAUCCAAUCAAAAUCUUUGGAAGAGCCACAGAUGGUUUGGUCUCAGUCCACCCCAGGUCUUGAUCCACACCCACAUCGCUGGUUGCGGUCAGUGGUGAUGUUAAACAGCAGAGAGGAGUUUAGGGUGCUGAUUAGAGGAUUGAUUUACAACAGCAGUGAUCCACAUGAAAUUGUUGCAAUUGAUGACCUCUCCUUCACAAAAGACUGUGUGGCAGUUGUUGAGAACGAAAUCAAGGCACCUCUUCCAACUCAGUGCCCCUCUUCUCAGUUUUACUGUGGGGCAAAUAAAUGCAUGGAUGGUGUGAGGGUUUGUGACUUUUCAUCAGACUGCCCCAGCGGAGAGGACGAAGCCAACUGUUCAUCACGGUGUGAUUUUGAGUCUGACUCAUGUGGAUGGUAUGAGCUUGCCCAGGGUGAUGGAUUUGAUUGGGUAAGAGGUUCAGCUAAUGGAGACUUCAAAGAUUAUCAAGACCAAAUACCUCCCCGUGAUCACUCUACUAAUACAAGUAAAGGUCAUUUUAUGUUUAUCUUAAAAAACAGCAACAGUUUUUCCCAGCAAGCUUUGCUACACAGUCCUACAUUUCAACAAUCGGGUUCAGAUUGCAUUAUGUCCUUCUGGCACUAUAAUUCUGGCCAGUCUGUUGGUGCUGCUGAAAUGCACCUGUUAUUUGAUGGCUUGGAUAGCAGCACUAUACUUUGGCAAACACUUUAUAACCAGGGCAACCAGUGGCACCCAGUAAUUGUGCAGAUUGGCAGGCAGACCAGACCUUUUCAUCUUUCCAUCACAAAACUGAGUCUGGGAGUCUAUGAAGGAAUUUCUGCCAUCGAUGACGUUAUGUUCAAUAACUGCUCAUUGCCAAAGGCCAUGGAGACGUGCCCGGAUCCUGGACAGUUUCACUGUGGUCGAAGCAAAGCGUGUGUGAACUAUAUUCAGAUCUGUGACCUGAUCGAUGACUGUGGAGAUGGAACAGAUGAAGAAAACUGCUCCUCAGAGCUAAUGUGUGACUUUGAGGAAGGCCUGUGUAGCUGGACUCAAGAUCAAGCGGAGGACAGUUUUGAUUGGACGCGAAUUCAAGGACCCACUCCCACUUUCAACACGGGCCCAUGGAGGGACCACACACGGGCCAGUGUGGAUGGACACUUUCUCUACAUAGAAUCUUCAGAACCGCAAAAUUUUAAAGAUACAGCUGUUCUUAUCAGUCGACCUUUUCUCCCAACAUCCAGCAGAGGUCCUGAACCUAAGCAACCCUGCUUUUUCAGAUUUCACUAUCACAUGUUUGGCCAGCAUGUGUUUCGGUUGGCUGUGUACAUGCGUACCCGUAACAGUGGGCGGGGAAACCUGUUGUGGGUUCGCUUUGGAGAUCAAGGCAACUUAUGGCACCAAAAGAUAUUGCAGAUCAACAGCGCUCACCACUUUCAGAUUUUAGUGGAAGGAACCGUUGGUGAUGACUUCAGAGGAGAUAUUGCUAUAGAUGAUCUUUCUUUUCUUGGAUGUGAGCCAUAUGAAGGUAAAUUGCCCUCAGAGGAACCAAGCACCACAGCCUCGGUGCCCACCUCAUCAGAGGCACCCCCUCACAGCUGCCCCAUUGGCCAGUUUAUGUGUACAACUACAAGAGAGUGUGUGACUGUCAGUCAAGUGUGCGACUUUACACCCGACUGCUCUGAUGGUUCUGAUGAAGAGCAUUGUGUAAAGGAGUUUUGUGGUUUUGAAGAUGAUGAUCUUUGUGGAUGGUAUGUAAGUGAGCCAAUCAAUCCUGUUCCUCUCCACGCUUUUCGCUGGCAGAGAGCACAAGGGGAGAGUAUUCUCUAUGGAGAACAAAACCACAGACCUGCUAGUGACCAUACACUUGGUACUCCAGAGGGUUGGUAUAUAUUUGCAGACAGUUCCGACGGAGGUUACGGUCACACUACUGAUCUUAUGACUCCUCCAAUCAAAACAACAGGACCCCAGUGCACUUUGGUGUUCUGGUAUUAUAUGAGUGGCUUUACUGUUGGAACGCUACAGGUCUUCAUUAAAUCCAAUAAUGUCACACAUGAAGUUUGGUCCCAAAGUGGUAACCAGGGCAACAGCUGGAGGCGGGGUGAGGUCUUCAUUGGAAUCCAUCGCAACCUCCAGGUUGUUCUACGUGCCAAGCGUGGAAUCAGCUACAUGGGUGAUGUUGUAAUUGAUGACGUGGCAUUCGUGGAUUGUGCCGCCCCAUUAAGGACUGAUCUACCAUGUGAUAAGAAUGAGUUUGUCUGUGCCAACGGUCACUGUAUCUCUGAAGACAACUUGUGUGACUUUAUUGAUCACUGUGGAGAUGGAUUCGAUGAGAAUCAUUAUAUAUGCAAGGGAUUCAGUAGUCGCUGCGAUUUUGAGUUUGACCUUUGCUCUUGGAGACAGAGGCAAAAUGAUGAUUUUGAUUGGUUGAUAAAGGCAGGAAAUAUGCCCACUCCCCGGAAUGGCCCAUCCACUGAUCACACUCUACGUAACUCAUCAGGUCAUUACUUAUAUCUGAAAGGGUCCUUCCCACAGACGACAGGACAGACUGCUCAAAUCAUAGGACCUUUAUUCAGUCACCACAGCAAAGAUUGUAAGAUAAUAUUUUAUGUUCACAUGUCCGGUGACGGGAUUGGCACUCUGAAUGUGUACAUGACUAAAAACGCCAACCACUCUCUCUUACUUAACCUUACCGGUAAUCAAGGCAACUACUGGAAGAGACAGGAAGUUCCUCUCUCCUCAUCUGAAAACUUUCAGAUAAUGUUUGAAGGCAAGGUGGGCAGCAGCACAGGAGUUCAUAUUUGCCUUGAUGACAUCAUCUUCUCAGCGGGCUGUAUUCUCAGUAGCAGUUUUGAGACAAACUCCAGUCCACUGUUACUCUCAGGCUCAUGUCCACCAGGUUCUUUGCAGUGUAACAAUGGAAACUGCUACAGAUCCGAGCAGACAUGUGACUUUACCGACAACUGUGGAGAUGGAACUGACGAAAUGGAUUGUGGGACAUCCUGCUCAUUUGAAAACGGGCUCUGUGGUUGGAAAAGCAGCCUGGCGGACACCUUUAGUUGGACUCUUGGAGUUGGUUCUGUUCACAAGAUCAGACCUCCUCAUGACCACACGUUUAAAAACGGAAGCGGUCACUUUGCAUACAUGUCAGCCACUCCAGCUGGAUUAAAUGGCGAUAAAGCUCACAUGCGAAGUUCAGUGUGGAAGGAAUCUAGUGCCAGAUGUAAACUUGUCUUCUGGUACUAUAUUUCCGAAAAGGCCAGAGGAGUCAUCCAGCUCUUCAUUAAGACAGAAAAUGAGCUGAAGCAGAUAUGGACACAGCAGGAGAUGUAUGAAGGUUGGAUAAGAGCGGAGGUGCCGCUGAAAAAACUAAGGAACUUUAUUCUGAUAUUUGAAGCGGUUCGUUCACGAGAUGUAAGUGGCGGACCGGCUCUCGACGACCUGGAAUUCAAUGACUGCGCACCACAAGCUGUACUUCCUGGCUCAUGUCCUGCUAUCACAGAUUUUGUGUGUAAUAAUGGAGACUGUAUUGAGUAUCAUUUGGUGUGUGAUGGUAAAGCAGACUGUUCAGAUGAGUCGGAUGAGAUGGACUGUUUGGUCGUUCCAGGAGGAUGUAGUUUUGAUAUGCCUGAAGGUCUUUGGGAGGAAACAUGUCAGCUGUCUCAGGAUCUUACUGAUGACUUUGACUGGGAUAUAGGCUAUGGCAGAAUGUUUAAUGGGACAGGACCAUCAGCUGACAACAGCCCUAAUGGAAGAGGGGGUUACUUGUAUGUGAACUCCAGCGCCCAGAGAGAGGGAGAUCUUGCCAGGUUAAUAACCAAGCAGGAAUUUCCUGCUAGUGUUGGUAUUUGUCAUCUGCGCUUCUGGUACCACAUGUACGGCUCACAUCAUAUGGGUACGCUGAAGGUGUAUACGGUGGGGCACAAUGGAAGACACCUGUUAAUAUGGGCAACCUGUGACAACCAUGGAGACACCUGGAAUUAUGCUAAUGUGAUCCUAUCCAACGUAUCACCGUUUAAAGUCAGCAUUGAGGCCGAAGCUGGAGCAAACCAGUGGACAGUUAUUGCUGUAGAUGAUCUCUCAUUUACUAGAGAAUGUCUCGUAGGAGCUCCAGUGACCCCCAUCCCAAUAACAUGCCACAUGGAACAGUUCCAGUGUUUGUAUAUGUUUGAAUGUAUACCACUGAGCUGGCAUUGUGACGGGGAGGUGGACUGUUUUGACCGCUCGGAUGAGGACAUGUGUUCAAGUGUGGAUCCUGGAACUGUGCCUCCACAAGCAGAGUGUGAGACGGGGGAAUUCAGCUGUAGGAACAACACCUGUAUUCCAGCACUGCUUCGUUGCGAUGCGGUUUCAGACUGCCCCAAUGGAGAAGAUGAGCAUGGAUGCCCCAUUAGGAAAUGUGCUGAUGGGGAAUUAGUGUGUGAGGUGACAGGCAACUGUAUAGCAUAUCAGAGACGAUGUGAUGGUAUUGUAGACUGCUCAUCUUUUAACUCUGAUGAGUCCAGCUGUUAUGAGUGUCCCUUUGGGUACUGUCUCAAUGGAGGAAUAUGUGUAGUAACGGAGAAUGGGCCAAUAUGCUUUUGUUCAUCACUGUGGGCUGGUAAUCGUUGCAAUGUAAGGCAAAAACCAAUAACUCCUACAACACACGUUAUACCAGAUAGUAAACUAGCUUUCAGUAUUGGUUUGAGCAUUGUGCUGAUUUUCUUGGUCUUUGCCACUGGAGUCAUUUUAUUUUGUUUAUUUCGAAGACGACGUUCACUUAAAGACUCCAGGCUUAUCGACAAUGAAGUGUUGGAUUGCUCUGCUUGUGACGUGCAAAGAAAGCUGCCCUCUCUUGCCAUUAAACCCAGAAGGCCUGGUCAUCAUCGGCUAAACAUCAGUGUUUACCCAUGGAGAGACGAAUCAAAGAUCUCCAUCUCAAAGGACGCCAAUCUCUCUUUCUCCAAUCCACUCUACAAGUGCUCGAGAAGUUCUGAAGCCUAAACCAAACAGACACACAAUCACACAAACACACUGACCGUCAGUCCCUGUAGAUUUACAGUUUCUUCAACUUAAUUUGAGCCUCAUUGAAAGCAUGGCUGUACUUGUUUAAGGUUUGGUACUCUGUUAAUUUCAGUAGAGCUCAUGGGAAGUGAAGUGUGAUCACAUACAAUACAAGUUUAAUUUAACCAAAAUACGUCAUUUCAACUUGAUCGUCAUGAAAUGGAGGUUUCUUAAAUAACUUUAACUUGUCCCAUAUGCUGUGAUAUUGUAUACAAUAGUUGACUUCUAAUGCCAACCUUUAAUUUUGCUAAACCUAACAAGUGCUUCGCUUAUAGAUUGGUAACAUCCACUUCUGUAAUGGGGAAGGCAUUUCCUCUAUUAUUUCUUUCUAUCUAUGAUUACUUAUUUUGUCUACUAUUAAAAUAUGAAACCAUGCCUUUCAGAACAUGUAAAUGAUGAGUUUGGUUCCAAAACGAAGUAACAUAAUAAUAAACAUGUUUUGACAAAAA